AAUUUUUGUAGCGUUGACGACGGAGAGACUGCAGCAGCGGAUGAUCACCUGUGCGCUCGCUGUACAUAACAACGGUUCAAUACAUUCUUUAAAUUAUCACAUUUGCUUCGCGACAGCAUAUUGUUAUCAUCUGGCUCCGACCAUGGGCUUGCUGGAGCGCUGUGAGGAGCUGUUCAAGACCUCGAACUUGUAUGAGGUCCUCGGUGUCGCUAAAGAGGCCACUGACGCCGAACUUCGCCGUGGAUACUACAAAGUCUCCCUCCAAGUCCACCCUGACAGAGCCCAAGGCGAUGAGCUAGCCACUGACAAAUUUCAGGCUCUGGGGAAAGUGUAUGAGGUGUUGAAAGACAAGGACCAAAGGGCCAUUUACGACGAGCAGGGGAUUGUGGAUGAAGAAUCCGACAUCUUGACCCAGGACCGCAAUUGGGAGGAGUGUUGGAGGGCGCUGUUUCCUAAGAUCAGUGUGGCGGACAUCAAGGACUUUGAGAAGACGUACAAGGGUACGGCGGAGGAGAAGGAGGACCUGCGGAGGCUGUACGAGCAGCACAAGGGGGACAUGGACCGCAUUAUGGAGGCGGCGCUGUGCGCUGAGGACGAGGACGAGCCCCGCAUCCGGGCCAUCCUGCAGCAGCUGGUGGACGACCAGGAGCUGACGCCCUACAAGAGCUUCACGCACGAGAGCGCCGCCAAGAAGAAGAACCGCAAGCGCAGGGCAGAGCAGGAAAGGAAGGAGGCUGAGGAGAUGCAGAAGAAGAUGGGCAUUAAUACCAAUGACAGCCUGGAGCUACUCAUCAAGCGGAGGCAGAAGUCACAUGAGCAUGGCUUUAACUCCCUCAUUGCCGGACUGGAGGCCAAGUACGGCGAGAGCGAAGCCAAGGGCUCCUCCAAGCGCAAGGGGAAGAAGAAGUGAGUGUCACGUGACGUGGCUAGCCCUCCGUCUCACUCAGUGGAGGAGGCUCAGCGCUGCCCAGGAGGACUGAGCCAACUGUAUGGGGUGCCAUCCAUGGUCAAAUUCAUAACAAAACUAGCAAGAAUGGCAAGGAGCAUUGGAUGGUAUUCAAAGAACGUUGCUUACUGGCUACGCUGGCUCAGCGUAGUGGGUGAGACUCACCACCACCUCUACUGCCUCACAAAAAAGAAGCCAGUCUGUUUUAUUUCCCUUUCUGACAUUUUGUUUUUGAUUUGCACCAUGUUAAAAUAAGCAGUUUCAUGUCACAGAUGUAGUCCUCCUGUGAUGUGCUUGAGGGCCAGUAUUGUGGGGUUUGUGGUGGCAGUGGACAGCAUAGACCAGCUCAACUGGUGGUACUGUUUCAAGUUCCGCCUGUGGAUGAGCGCGCACCACAGUAGACUAAUGGAGGUCUGAGGACAGGAGACCUGUUUAUCUCUCCAGGGAGACUCAAUAAAAGUAAUAUUCAGUAGUGUUAUGUUCUGUAUUGUGUUUUUAUUUGUGUAGCCUAUGCCUUUUUCUUCUUCUUCUUCUUACCUUGACCGUUCCUAGAAGUUUUCAGAAUUUGAAGAAAACUUGUAUGUGUUUUUCUUUGUAUGUCAUGACAUUUGAGUGAAAUUGUUUUGAAACUCUAUUAAAUGGACCUUAUCUCA